GAUGUCACCUCCUAAUUAAUAACUCCCUUUCAUCUCCCUACUUCCCCUCUCUCUCUAUCGCGCGCACUAACAAUGGUCGGGGAAUCCCAAGGAGGCGUUGCGAUGCUCCGGCGAAGCGGUGGCGGCGGCGGCGGAGGAGGAGGAGAUCCUUCGCCCCCGGAGAUCGAGCACUACCUCCCCUCCACCGUAAUGGCGACGAUCCUCUCCAAGCUCGACGUGCGCUCCCUCGUCACCGCCGCCGCCGCGUGCCGCUCCCUCCGCGCCUGCGCCUCCCACACCCUCUCCUUCCUUCCCUCCGUCCACCUCCUUGAGAUCGCGCCCACGCUGGACCUGCUGAGGCCGCUUCUCCCGCCGAAUCCGUACCUCCGGAGCCUCCGCCUCGACUGUAGCCGCCUCGACGACUCGUCGAUUGGGUACCUCGCGAGGCCGUCGCUCCACGAGAUCUGCCUCCUUAACUGCGAGAACAUCAGCGGGAGGCUUCUCGCCGAACUCGGAAACAAGUGCCGCGAUAUCAGGACACUUUCUGUAAACUCUCUUGCGGAGCGCAGAGGGAUCUCAAUCUGCUUUUCUGAUCUAGAAGAACUGCUUAAUGGCUGUUCCCAGCUGGAGUCUUUGAGCUUAGCAGUUGAUGCUUCAUCAUUCGACGAUACUAAAUUUGGGCAAGCAUGGGCUUCUGCCUCUCAGAGACUUUCUUCUCUUGAGAUUGGUUACAUCCCUAUAUCCAUGUUGGUCAAACUCUUGAGUAUAACGGCUGAGUCACAGCACUCUCUAGGUCGUACUAUACCGCCAUUCUUUCCUAGCCUUCAAAAGCUAUGCCUCUCGGUAGACUACAUCACAGAUCAGUUGGUCAGUUCUAUAUCAAAGGCCCUUCCGGCCUUAACACAUUUGGAUCUUCAGGAUGCUCCUAUCAUAGAACCCAUAUCAUCUUCCGAUCUCACCAAUGCAGGCCUUCAGCAAAUCAAUCCACGUGGUAAACUGAAGCACAUUUCUCUUGUCCGAAGCCAAGAGUUCUUAUUCACCUACUUUCGACGAGUAAAUGAUCUUGGAAUUCUCUUGAUGGCUGAUACCUGCUCGAAACUCGAAAGUAUUUCUCUUGGUGGCUUCUCUCGUGUUACAGAUACUGGUCUCAGGGCGAUAAUACACUCAUGCUCGAGCCUUCGCAAGCUUAGGGUGUCCCACGGAAGCCAGCUGACUGAUCUGGUUUUCCAUGACAUCUCUGCCACCUCUCUUUCUUUAACACAUGUUAGCUUGAGGUGGUGUAAUCUCUUAACCAAUCAUGGGAUUUUAGGGUUGUCAUGUAAUAAAGAUCUGAAUGUAUUGGACCUAAGAGACUGCCGAAAGGUGGGUGAUGUGGCUUUAAGAGCCCUAAGCUGCCUCCCAAAGUUGCAGGUACUACUACUAGACAAUAUGGACAUCACUAAUAUAGGGUUAUCUUAUCUUGGUAGCGGGAAAUGCCCGCUGGUUUCGUUGUCUCUAAGAGGGUGCAGAAGACUGACAGACGAUGGUAUCACAUUGCUAUUGGGUGGUUCCACAAGAUUGAGUCUGCAAGUAUUGGAUAUAUCGAAGCUUCCUAAUCUCACCGACAAUGGUAUCUUACGGCUAGCGAGAAGUCGAAUUCCAAUUGUUGAGCUCCGAAUUAGAGAGUGUGCGCACAUAGGGGACACUUCGGUCAUGGCCUUAGCUUCAAUGCAAGUCGAGGGCGGGUCUCACGGGAGUAGCUUGCACUUGCUAGAUCUAUAUGACUGUGGAGGUAUCACGCCGCUUUCUUUCCGAUGGUUUAAGAAGCCAUACUUCCCACGGUUGAGGUGGCUCGGGGUGACAGGGAGCUUGAACAGGGACAUGGUAGAUGCCCUAGCUAGGAGUCGGCCUUUCCUGCACAUGGCUUGCCGUGGUGAGGAGCUGGGGGCUGUGUAUUGGGAUUCGUCACUUGGAUGGUAUAGGCAUGAGAUUGAGGAGGAUGAGGUGGAUGAACUCGAGCAGUGGCUUCUUGAAGGUGAGUACAGAAGUGAUGACGAUUAUGACAUGGAGCGGUGAUGCAUGUAUGGUAAGAUUUGCGGCUUUGUAAUCCUUUAUUGCUUGCUGUGAAUUUGUUUUGUGUGUGUGUGUGUGUGUGUGUGUGUGUGUGUGUGUGUGUUUUGUGGGGUGGGGGCAGACUCCUGAACUAGCAUUUGGUGAUCUUGCUGGUACAUGUUUCAUUUCCAAACAAUUUUUUGCGUACUGUAUGCUUAAGUUGGUGGCUUGGAAUCUGGGUUCGGGCC